AUGUCAACAACUCCCUCCUCUCGCAACACCAUGAAGGACAGAGGGAUUGUUGUUUUUGGCGCUGCCUUUGUGCUGCGCCUACUGCUCACAUGUCUGUUUCCGGCUUUACCAGAUCUCUUGACAGGGAGGGUGGAGGUGUCAACCCCUGUCAAUAGCUUCAAACGCCUCCAGGAAGGUCUGUUCUUAUAUACGAGGAAUGUGUCGCCAUAUGAUGGAGGUGUCUAUCACCAGGCUCCACUCCUACUACCAUUGUUUGCUCUACUGCCAGACGCCAAGAGCUCGCCCUUACCAACUGCUAUCUUUUACUUCUUGGUGGACCUGUUGAAUGCGUAUGCAUUGCUCAAAAUCUCCCAGUCCGGUCAAUCGGUCAAAUCGAGACUACAUACAGCGGUUCGACAGCAUGUGCGGUGGGAUGGGGUAUCAGUUGCGGCAUGGUUCCUGUUCAACCCUUUUACGAUUGCAACAUGUCUCGCGCGGUCUACGAGUGUGUUCACUACGUCCGGAAUCCUCUUCGCCGUUUCCAAUGCAGUUGGGGGAAACAGCGUCAAUGCUAUGCUGGCUCUGGGUUUCUCCUCAUAUCUGUCUCUUUAUCCCACGCUACUAUUCAUCCCAUUGGUCUUACUCUGCUAUGACAUCCGCGCCCAAGGACCCAACCCACCCAAGAUCGGCUUAUAUGUCGUGCAACACGCCGGCCUGCUGCUCGCCAGCAUUGCAGGCCUGCUCGGUCUGUCUUGCCUGAUCACCGGAAACUUUUGGGAAUUUAUCUCAGCGACAUACGGAUUCCACCUGUUGGUUCCGGACUUGACUCCCAACGUUGGUCUCUGGUGGUACUUCUUCAUCGAGAUGUUUGACUCCUUCCGGGAGUUCUUCCUUGGGGUAUUCUGGCUUCACCUGGCCAGCUAUGUGGGCGGUUUUACAGCCCGCUUCCAGCGACAGCCGCUGUUUGUGAUUACUUCGCUUUUGGGUGUGUUUGCUGUCUUCAAGCCCUACCCCAGCAUUUCCGAUGCUUCGCUGUUCUUCGCCAUGCUGCCAUUGUACCGACAUCUCUUCCCCCUGAUGCGAUACACCUUCUUCGCAGUCUCAGCGAUCCUCUACUCCAGUCUCCUCGGACCGGCCUUCUACCACCUCUGGGUCUACGCAGGAUCCGGCAACGCCAACUUCUUCUACGCCAUCACCCUAGUAUGGAGCCUGGGCAUAUCAAUCCUACUAGCAGACGCCGUCUUCGCAGCCCUCCGCGACGAAUGGGAACAACAAAACCCAGAUCAAAAAGGCGCCGAAGUACGCCAAGUGUAA